ACAAUCAUCUCAUUUCUCCAUAAACCAUGAAGCUCUUCAUUUUUAUCAUCUUUUUUUACUUGCAGGUGCCAAACUAUGAAGGCAAUGCUUACGAUUUUUUGAAACUCGUGGAGCAAUGGCCUCCUGCGGCAUGUCUACCAAACAAGUGCUUCAGAAUUACAAAUGGUUUCGGUGUGCAUGGCUUAUGGCCAAGCAACACCAGUGGAAUUCAUAGCCGUACGUGCGAUUCUUCUACAAAGUUUACAACCAGUAUGGUCCAACCACUCUUUCCCCGUAUCAACAAUUCAUGGCCCGAGGUGAUAAAUGGGAAGGAAGAAUGGUUUUGGGGUCACGAGUGGGAGGCUCAUGGCAAGUGUUCAGAAGCAAAAUUCCCAGGUUCAGACUACUUCAAACUUGCCCUCGAUAUCAAGGAUAGGGCUAAUCUCCUACAAGCACUGAAUAGUAAAAACAUUAAACCAGGAAGUUCUGAACCGGUGAAAGAUUUCGAAGAUGCAAUUAAAAGUGUAAUCAAUGGGAAGAGGCCUGAACUUCGCUGCUUAAAAGAUCGUAAGGGAGUGGUGUAUUUGCAUGAGGUUGGACUAUGCUUGGACCCUGAUGGAGUUCAGUAUAUUGAUUGUCCUUUAAUUUCUCAGCCUCCACCUUCUGUUACAAAUUGUUUGCUGAACCCAAAGCUUAUGCUACUCCCACUUUAAAUGUAUUUGCUGAACUACUACUACUACCAUUAUAAACGUGGUUUGUUCCCUUUUAAUGAAUAAAAAUGAUUAUUAUAAUAAAUAAAAGUAUUGCUUUGUGGUAUUAAUUUCACUUUCAA